AUGCCUCUUGCCCAGUCAAACAUACGAGCCCUUCCUCCUGAUGUGAUUGCAAAGAUCAAAUCCUCCACCUCGAUUGUGCAUCUGACUGGUGUUGUCUUGGAGCUAGUCAAAAACUCUUUGGACGCCAAUGCACAUACUGUUUUUAUCACUGUUGACUUCAAACGUGGUAGCUGUAUAGUGGAAGACAACGGAUGUGGUAUUCCCUCAGUCGAGUUCGAAGCUACAGGAGGGCUCGGCAAAGCUCACCAUACGUCCAAACUUGAAUCGAGUGGCGUAUAUGGACAUCGAGGGUUGUUCUUGGCAUCUUUGGCCUCUUUAUCUCUACUCACUGUGACUUCUUGUCAUAUACACCAUGAAACCACUAAUUCACUCAUAUUGCAUCAUUCGACACCUCUGGCUCGGCUGAUCCCUGCACCACCACAUCAGGUCCUUCGCUUCCCCUGUCAUGGCACGUCUGUCACUGUUAACGACCUUUUUGGUAAUAUGCCAGUUCGCGUUAAGAGUCGUGCUCUCUCUCUUCAGAGGCCAGACGAAUUGGAACGAGAGUGGGACAAUCUGAAAAGCUCAUUGGUCUCACUCCUGUUGGCCAAUUCUCAGGUCACAAAACUUGUGCUCCUCGAUGCGGAUAAAAGCAAGCGGAUGUCCGUUCGCCUUGGAUCCGCUUGUAUACCGGCAGCAGGUAUCUCUCAUCGGCCAAUGGAGUUUGAUCUCGACCGCAUCAAAUCGAUUUUCGCACAAUAUGGGCUGACAACGCCCCAGAAUCUGGAUUCGUGGCAUGAAAUGUCGGCAUCAGUUUCUGACCUUACAGUUCGAGCAGCAAUCUCACUUCAGCCCGGUCCAACUCGGAGAGCCCAGUUUAUCUCGCUGGGAAACGAACCCCUGCUAUCACGCAAUAGCUCGAAUAUUCUUUACAACGAAGUGAACCGGGUGUUCGCUCUGUCAGAUUUCAGCAGUGUCAGGGACAUGCCCGAUGGAAGCUUGCUUCCAAAUCACGCGUCUCCGGUACGCCACGAUACGUUAAGCAAUGCGAGCACCCGCAGCUGGACCAAGCCUGUCAAUAAGUGGCCCAUGUUCUACAUCCGCAUUGAUACCAAAACUGUUAUUCAGCUGGACGAUGAUGGAUCUGAGCAUCUGCUAGAAACAGACAAGUCUUUCCAGCGCAUUGUUGAUGUACUUGUGGCAAUGGUCCGUGAAUUCUUGAAGCAACACAAUCUGCGUCCCCGUGAGGGGAAACGACGGCCCUUAUCGUUGGAACGAACCCAGAGCAUCGGUUCCAAGGAUUCUCGAGUAGCUGGCAGCUCUCUUGGCUCACUAAAGGAAGGCCACUCCAUGUCAAGUACUGAAGAAGCCUUCAGUGGUCAUCUGAAAAUUCCCUCCUUCUCAAGGUCUCAACCUGGUGAUUCCGGUCGAGGUUUUACCAACUGGUCCAGAGUCAAAACUGCCAAGGACCUAAAUAGUCAUCCUACAACCCACCGAACUUCGCGGCGUUCUCAACCUGCUUCUGAUAUCAUUCAAAGAAGGAGCUCAUUGCCUGUCCUUCCCGCACAUGCGUCAGACAAUCCAGGCCAUGGCCGAGAGCUGACUGUUCUCUGUAACUCUCAGAACAAAGGGACAAGCGGUGAGAAGAGCAUUAAUACGAAAGAGCCGCCUGGGACCUCGUCGUCAGAUAAGAUGAUUACCUGGAUCGAUCCACACACGAAGAUGGCCUAUUCGAUCAAUCCUCGGACGGGUCAGACGAUGAACUCUCGUAAGUCAUUAGGUACCCAGCAGUCUCCCGCGGAUUUCGAGAACAUCUCGUCAAGGCCACCGGGACAGUCUCUAUGGAUCGAAGGUAUUUUAGGGGCGUGGGAUAAUCCUUCAUUCAGUCGAACAGAGAUGCCAAUACCAAACCUGGGAGUAGAGUCUUCAGGUCAACAUAUUGUGAACAUCUCUUCGCACGACUGUUUCAAGGGUAUCGGGUCCCUUGAUACAGCCCAGGUCGCCAAAUAUCGAGGCAAGCUUCCACGUGCCGCCCUCGAGACUGCCGAAGUGAUAGCCCAGGUGGACAAGAAGUUCAUAUUGGCAAAAGUCCACACAACUAGCGUCAAUUCAAACCAGGGUGGUGAAUCCAACGAUGUUCUGCUUCUAAUUGACCAGCACGCGGCCGACGAGCGAUGCCAAAUCGAACAAUUAUUUGGGGAUAUGUUCGUUUCUCCCGAGUCAGCUGAAAGUCUGCACACAGAGACUCGGGUGUGCACCGUCCACGUGGACUCGUUGACAUUUGAGCUUUCACCAACGGAGGGUGGCCUCUUUCAAAAAUAUAUGGAUCUUUUCUCGGCCUGGGGUAUUGGAUACGUGACUGAUCACAAGAUCGAUUCCACUGUCUUGAUUUCCGUGCACACCCUUCCUGUGCUUAUAGCCGAACGAUGUCGACUCGAGCCUCAUGUCUUGGUUGACCUGAUGCGACGAGAAAUCUGGUCUAGUGAGGAGGAAGGCAGGAAGCCAUUUCAGCCAAAGAAAUCAUUCGAGAUUGAAAAUUUGGACGAGGACCUAGAGCUACCACAAAGUGAGGGAUUGGUACAUGAAGAAGCCACAACGCGCUCCGCCUCGCGCUCAUGGGUCCAGCAGAUGAACGGUUGUCCUCAGAGCAUUGUGGAUCUUCUGAAUUCUCGCGCCUGUCGAACUGCCAUCAUGUUCAACGACCUGUUGACCAUUGAAGAGUGUCAAGCGUUGAUCUCCAGGCUGGCCCGCUGUGUCUUCCCGUUCCAGUGCGCUCACGGACGCCCUUCCAUAGUCCCCAUACUCGAUUUGCGAUCACUUUCACACACUGCAGUUACUUUGCCUCUACAUCUCGGUGCCAAGGCACCUUAUGAUGACGAUGCUGACGGCAUGAACUUUAUGGAGGCAUUUCAAAAACGAUAUGCGGAAUAG